GCCAAUCCAGUUCUGAUGUUGACGCCUCGGGGCACGUCUUGACGAUAGGCGCCUCCCAGCUUGGCAUCCGCAUUUCCGGUCUCUUUCCCCCGCCAUGGGUGAAGGUGCCGAACUGUGUAGCGCCAUGGCCAUAAAGGUGUAGUGUUGCCUCUUGCGCUUUGCUGCCUCCCUUUACCGCACUCUCCCCGCUAUACCGAGAGGGCUGUGCCCUCCCCCUACUGUUCCUGAUUAGCCAUGUUGACUGCCAUGCUUUUACUUUGGGCGGUGCUGCUCUCCUGCGUCAGUUCUGCUGUGGGUUACGAGUUGUUGCGUGAUUACUCGGGAGAAAACUUUUUCAAUGGCUGGGAUUUCUAUGGAUACUGGGACAAUCUGACUCUCGGGAAUACGACAUGGGUGACUGAAGAGGCUGCAACUCAGCAGAAACUCGCGUACAUCAACGACGCGGGCAACGCGAUCAUGCGCGUAGACAACUUUACGACUGUCGCAGAGGGCGACAAGCGCAACGCGGUCCGCAUCACGACACAGGAUUACUACGACUAUGGGACCCUCUGGAUUCUUGAUGCUGUACAUCUUCCGUACGGAUGUUCUGUAUGGCCGGCGUUCUGGAGCAUGGGACACGAUUGGCCCGUCGGUGGUGAGAUCGAUAUCGUCGAGGCCAUCAAUGUCAUGCCCAACAAUCAGAUGGCCCUACAUACGACAGAGGGUUGCACCCAUGUCACUCCCAGCGACCAGCUGGGUUAUUCUGGUGGCGAUGACUGUGGGACAGGCUCUGGCUGCAUCGUGAGUGAGAACGCAGCGAAUAGCUACGAAAGUGGCUUUGCAGCUGCUGGUGGAGGCGUGUUCGCGACGCAAUUCGAUGUCACCGGGAUUUACAUGUGGUUCUGGAGUCGACCCGACAUUCCAGACGUCAUCAAGAACGCCAACUCGACGUCCCCCAUGAACAUCUCAACCUGGGGCGACCCACACGCAAGUUACCCAAAUACCACCUCCUGCGACCUCUCGACCUUCUUCACCGAACAGCAGCUCAUCUUCGAUAUCACGCUGUGCGGAGACUGGGCGGGCGUUCCGGGCAUCUAUGACUCGGAAUGCUAUGCCGCAGGUCCUGCGCACAAUUGCUACCUCGAUAAUGUCGUCGGAAACGGCAGCAACUAUGAUGACGCCUACUUUGAGGUCUCCUAUGUCCGCAUAUACACAACCGCCGCUGUGUUGCCCUCCAAUUCUUCCUCCGGAGCUUCCGCAACUAGCACAUCUGGCGAUCCCACGACGUCAAGCACAUCUGCCACGACCCCUGAUCCUACAUUAGCGCAGAAAUCUGGCGCCUCUAGGAUUCGUGGAGACGCCUGGCUUGGACUCCUCGCUGCGACGGUCCUCACCGCGUUCGCCCUCUUUUGAUCACGAUGAUUAUGUAUACCAAACUGCGUGCAACGUUCGAACGUAUUUCGGAAUGACGUUUUAAUGCUGGUCAUGACGGACUUGCUGUUGUUGAUAUAUACGGACUGUACUGAUUGACCUUGCUUCUGUGAUAUCUUAUGCGUUAUGAUGUAGGCCUACUAGCGCGUUCAAGGCUCCCGUGCUGUUUUUUUAUUGCACUAGUAUAUGACGCUAGAUUAGACGGGAAUAUAGGUAAUCGAGUGGCUUCUUCGUCCCUGCACUAAGGUCAUCGUUAGACCGGCGUCUUUCGAGUUCACUUUAUCCUCAACGACAUGCUGCGUCCAUUUCAUACAUCGAUUCAUCUUGUAGCGGGAGAUUCAGGCUGAACAUCGUCCGAGU